AGGAGGGGUGCGGACUGAUACCGGACAGGACUAUUCGAAAGCAGAAACGGAGUGUUGAAUUUUUCCUCCUUGGCAGGGCGGUGGGAGGAGGUGGUUGACGGUGUUAAAGGAGGAUAAACUGUGAUUGAAGCUGCCGGGGGUGGGGGGGAACUCCGUCUGCUGCUUACACUGUAACCCCUGACAGCAUAAACAUGGAGCUGGAGAACAUCGUAGCCAACACGGUGCUGCUGAAAGCUCGGGAAGGUAAGGAUGGAGAUGGCGGUUUGACAGCUCCUCUCUGCCGGUACCAGCACCGGGGAUGCCCCGCUUAGAGGCUACUAUUUACUGUUACCGCACUUCCUCUUGGCCGGUGAUCAAAUCUUUUGAUGAUGCUCUUCAUUACGUACAGGACUGUACGCGCCAUUCUGUCGGUUUGACAGCGCGGUACACCAAACUCCUCCAAUAACUUUUGAAUUUUAAAGCUUCUUGAUCCACAUUUAUAUAUACCGAAGUAUUUUAGCGAAUCCAAAGAUUAUGGCAAAAUUACAAUGGAAUAUUUCGCUAUUCGGCAUUAAAAUGGUCACCAUAAAUAGCUCUGUUACACAAGAAUCUCUGUCUUCCUAGUUGACGUUGCUUACUACUAACUGUCACUAACAGUUUCAACGGCCAACAUGAUUCGCAGCAAGGCUCGAUUAAACAAGUUGGCAAUCUAGCCAGAUAUAGUUGAAUAUGUAUUGAAGUGAGGCAUCGGUGUUGGAUGCCGAAUUACAGAAGGGACUCGAUAGAUUUGUGAACAGGUGUCAAUACUACUGUGUGCAUUGUUCUAAGCCGUCGAACCUCGUUGUGAAAAAAAUAUCAGAUUUCUUAAUAAGGUUUGGUUGAGCUACGCGGAACGUAAAGCCUAAGGGGUCCGGAAGGGGUUGCAACUGUGAAAUGUGUCUGCAGCGACACAUCGGGUUUCCCUUGCUGAUGUUGCAGCAUCGUCCUGACAUUUGCGAAACAGGAUGUUGAUGCACAGCUGCUCUGUUGUAGCCUAAUGGGGUUUGAACACUGUGAACUGUAUUGUAAUUGUGCUGUUUUGUUUUAAGCCUGUCUGUGAACGAUCCAGGGAGUUUUGUUUUACGGGCUCUUCAGAUCUUGUUAAGUCACUCCAGGUUUAUAGGUCAGUUAAAUGUCAAAAGUACAAAUGCUGCAGAGCAAACGUAGCAGUUUUCAAACACUGGCAUAAUAUAUAGGCUAUGUGCAUGAUAGCACUUAAGAGUUAUUGCAGUAUUAAUCAUACAUAAACAGGUCUUAUUAUGGAUAAUGGCAGCAUCACCAGAUCCCCCUGUUAUUGUUUUUGCAACAGGGCAGAAGGUUGUCAACAUAAUCCUAACGCCAUGUGCAGAGGGACAAUGAGUAAGAUGAGUGUCAUGAUCCCUCACUGUUGAGAGCUUAUCUACUCAUUUCAGCUUAUGCUGUGCCUAUAGUCAGGACUCAAUCCUAUGUUUGCACCCAUCUGUCCCAGCUGAAGAGCCCCCGAGCAAGGCACACCAGUCAGAUCUUGACCUCUGACCUCUCUGGGGUACGGACAAGUUGUUCUUUUAUUAUUGCCUUUAUUACCUUUACCUCCAGACAUACUGACUAGAAGCUUUAUUUGAUUAAGCAAUAAAAGGCAAAUUUGUUUAUGCAAACUAAGCUUUAUUCAGAACUUUUAUACAAACAUGCUGCCAAUGGUGCUUUUACUACCAAAAGAUGCAAAGAUGAAGAAGUUGGAGGAAGUUACACAGCAUGGUGAUCAAGUGCAAAUAUCCAGCAGGAGUUUGCAAAAGAUGAGCAGGUUCUAAGGCUGCUUAACUAUAUAACCGAAAUAAUAACCACAAUUAUAUUGAUCAGUCAUAUUUUAAGAACAGCUUUGUUUAGCUGUUUGUUAUGUAUUUUAAAACAGUAUCCUACGUGCCACCUUUGGCCAGGGCUGGACUGAGACAAAAGAAUUGGCUGUGGAAUUUUUGACCCACACGAGCCCCAAAAUUUGGUCAAAUAUAGAAUCAAAGCUUUACUCUGUAAAAUAACUUCUACAUUGAUAGAUAUGCAGUUAAAAAUAAGGCUCUCUAAUGUUACGGAGAUGUAUCAAAAAUAAAUUAUCUUAACCUGCAUGUAUUUUAUCACAGUACAUUGCAGGACAAUUUAAGCAUAUAAUUUUGUGUUUAAUCCUGGCAGUCAUGAGCUUUUAAACGGUGUAAAUCUUUCUACAUGCUCACUCUGUCUCUCUGCUUUACUAACACACACCUGAUUUUCCUCCACUGGAGCUGGUUUUGCUGCACUUCACCGUUUGUUUUGGAACAUUAGUGCAGCAUGCAUUAAAAAUAUCGAUUAACUUUGUCAGUCACGUCAUCUUGAUCGUUGAAAGCUCAAAUUAGAAAUCACUGUUUAAGUUAAAUUAAUUUCAAAGAUACUGUUUGGGUAUUUAAUUGAAUACCAAUUGAAGAAUUUUAGUGUUUCAGUUUAUUUGCAAAAAACUGCACUUUUUGAGGGAUGGCGUGCUCAACUUUCCAUCAGUGAUGACAAUUUCAUCCCUGGAUGACUUGAAAAUAAAAUAUCUAUAGAGUAUGUUGUUGACAUUACUAUUGUUGGUAUUAUGAUAAGCUAAACCAGCCUGAGGAUAUUCAUGACUUAACUCUGGCACAUCCACACACUUAGUCCACAUGCAUGGAGAAGAUCUGGAGUCAUUACACAUUCAUUUAAUCUAAAUUUACAUGAGCUGCUCCUGGUGGCUCACUUGAUUACAAAUUGUGACAUCUGCAUCACAUGAUAUCUGUCAUCCACUACCAGCCAGAAAUGCCCCAUCCAACCCAUCAUCUGUAUGUAGACGGUUAAGCUCCUGGAGAGCCAAACAGGAGGCGCAUAUGCUGAUGGUUUAUCUUCCCAAUCAGACGCAAAACAAGAGCAAAGUGCAAAACUUCAUGGGCUUGUCUGUGCUUGAACAUUGUUAGUGAUACACUUUGGGAAUUAGAUCUCUGCUUGUGCUCAAAGACACCAUUUGAUGUGUAAUCGGUACCUCCUGUUGCCUUAAGCUUCACCGUUUUGUUUUAAUCUGUCUUAUAAAUUGUUUAACUUUGCUUGAUUUAACUCUAAUUUGUUUGUAGUUCACAUAAACACCCAGUAUUUUCAUAAGUACAAUCAGUAACAACAGUUCAUUUUAGUUCGACAUGGAAAUCAAACUGCAGAGGUCUAAAAUUUGCCUAAAGACAUCUGCAGAGGACCAUCAUGGUUUGAUAAAUCACUAUCAUUUUCAAAAUACCUUUCCUACAGCUGUCUUAGAUCCAAAAUGAAGGCCUACUCUGUCACUUUCUCUCCCUGCGAUUGUUAAUUCUUGGUGCAAACUGCUUCUUUUAAAGGAGACUUUAAAAGUUUACUGUUUCACAGUUUAACUCAGACAAUGAUGAGAAAAAAAGAGGUCUAUAAAAAAGAAAAGACGGCCCUGAAUAUGAAUAAUAACAUGUUAGAUAACGUGUCAAAGUCUUGAGGUGGAGUUUUCUAUUAAAACCAUUAAGAAACUUCCUGUUUGUUGGUUGAGAUUCAGACAGAGAGGAAAAAAAAUUGAGGUUUAUUUAAUUAAAUUUCAGUUCUGUGUAAAACCACUAUUGAACACUCCCAUUCAGAAAAAAAUGAUUCAGACCAAUAGAUUUGACUUUUGAAGGUCCGUAUUUCUUUAGUAAGAGCGCUCACUCAGCUCUUUUAAUGAGCGUCAUUUUCCGUUUACAGGGACGUGUUCAUUCAUGUUUUAAACACUGAUGGUUUCAGUUUGAUUCCCACUUUCAAGUCAGCAAAAGAAAAGAGAAGCUGGUCAACCUAGGUGGCUUUCAGUGCCUGUCUGUGUCCUGGUGGUUGUCUGUCAGGCUGGGGCUUGGGAGGCGUGGGUGUUGCUCCAGCCUGAAAGUUAAAUUCAUUUUUAUGGCAGAUUUGAGGCAGUCGGUUUAUUCAGUGAGUACAAAGAAAUACGGAACCAAAAAGACAUAAAGAGAGCAAUACACCACAUUUAAGAGAUGAUGAUAUGUAUCAUGUAUCAAAAUGUAAGGUGCCUUGAUGAGGGAACACUGUUCUUAGCUCAGCUGGAUGUGAAUGUAAUUAUAAACCUGCUACAUUAUUUUAACGCCUGAAUAUUUUGAUUUUACCUUCUUAAUUAUUGCGAAUGAAUUUCUCCAUUAAAGUGCCAAUUUGGGACUACAGGAGUGCCCAAACACAGGAAUUUAUGCAAGAGAGGUGGGGUUUCCACGGCAACUCCUUACUGGCGGCCUCCCUGCACAUACCUCUGUAACCCUGUCCAAUCUGCAGAGUCAAAGUUUUAGCUCUUUUGUGAACACCUCAUCUCUUAAUAAUAUUGAUGCGAGUGAUGAUGAUAAUACUGAGGAUGUGUCUGAUGUUAAUUAGGACUUUAUUGAUAUUAAAUGGACUGAACUGAUGCACUAUGUUAUAGUGCUCUCUUUAGUCUUCUGAUGAUGUGACAUCUGCUUUUACAUCAUAUCUCACAUUUGCCUGUUCACACAAUGACAGCAGAGGCUGCUGUAUGAAGAGCCUGUCAGUAUUAACUAAUCUUAUUAACACACUGUAAGGUGCAGCUUGCAGGGGUACGUUGGGGUUAAGUUUCUUGCCCUAUAGGACAUUUUGGUAUGUGGACAGCCGGACCUGCAAAACUUGAGUCCCUUAACGACUUGCAUUAAGUUGGGGUCAUCCAGGAGCCACUUCUGUGUGCUAAUUACUACAGAUAACCAGAUAAACAGCAUUGGACUACCAGCUGACGUUACUUGUGACCAGUAAACACAGGACACUGUUUGUGAACAUAAUAGUAGUUUGUUGUUGUUGGUUUGUUCCAGAAAUGCUUAAGAGGAAUUAGCCUGUGAGGUUUGUCCUUUUUGGAAGCACUGAGGAGGGGCCGUGUAUAAUACCUGGAAGAUAUGCAGAGACCAGCAAACUUGGACUUGGACUUGCCAAGUAAUUCCAAAGUGUUGAAAAUAUCAUCAAUUAACUUUAAAAUCCAAAGGUGACCAGCCUGUUCAAGUAUCGCUGUGAUACUAAAUUUUAUAUCAGCAUCCGAGUCAAAUUUGGACUUUGUGAAAACACUACGCUUGGGUCAGUGACUUAUAUGGCUUUGUAUGCAAAAGAAAGAGCAGCAGUAAAGCUUGUAAAUGUAAAUGAAAUGCUCUGAUGUUUGGUCCAAAGGGACAGUACUUUUAACCCUUACAGGACCAACCCUUUACUCAUACAGUCAUUAUUAGAUUUUCUACACUGAGCAACUUGGAAUUAUCUGAUUAUAAAACUACUGAUUACUACUCUAGAUUAAAAGCCUUAUUUUACAUGUUUAUACCCUUCAAAGUGUGAGUGUAUCAGAAGCCUCUUGUUCUUUUGGGUUAUUUUUAGCCUGUUUUUGUUCAAGGGUGAAAAAGACAGCCAGGUGUGUUUUUACUCACAUUUGGAGGAGGUGGACCUAUCAGGGGCCACAGAAAUAGAGCCGUUGAGACGUCAUGAACAGACACUUGAAUGGAGACAAGCGCCAUCUGGUUUUUUAGCUGCCGGUGAGAAACUGUUAAAUGUGAAGGAGGAGGUGUUUUAUUUAAUGUGCACGAUGGCAGUAGGUCCAAAACAUCCCUGAAUACAAAAUAUGUAUCCCUGAAUACUAUGCUUUAUUUGCUUUAAAAGCAGCUGUACUUAAUCAAAUUGGGUAUUGUGUCAGCGUAUAAUCACGCCGAGCAAUCACAUCGGCGUGAUUGCUCGACGUCACUUUGGAGAUACCCACACCACUGCCACACAUCCAACGUGGAAUAACUUUUCUUCUCAACAAUGGUAUCUUCGGAGGAUGACGCAAAGUCAUGACGUGUAGCUCCAUGUCUGGUCACUCUGUUUACUUCCUGUUUACUUCUCCGGCAACUUGCAGAAGCGAGCAGGGAAAGCUCGACUCUGAUUGGCUGUUGUCACGCACAUUUCCGCCAUGUUUGAUCGAGUAGAUAUGCUCACAACUGAUCAACGCGAUUGAAGUGAAAUUUAUCACGAUCAUAUAAUUGCCCAGUCCUAAUUGUGUUUCAGGUUUUCGAAUUUUGUUCUCAAGGUUUUUCUUUCUUUUUCUUUCUUUUUGUGCCGAGUUUGAUGUUUUCCUCCUUAAACUGAUAAAAGACAAACCGUACAGCUUUCAGUCUGAUUAUAUUCUGUUCUUUUCUGCAGAACCAGAGCUUUACUGUCCCUCUCUCUUUCUGAAUCUCCUCUCAGCCAUUAGAGAUCUUGUUUUCUCCCUUAUCAGUCAGCUUCUUGGUAAUUUCUGCAGCUGAUAUUAUCAUCUGUUUCCUGGACACAAACAAAACAUCUUGUUUGCAUUGUAUCUGAGACAUUAAUUCAUUGUUAUUCUGAGGUCUGAGCAGCAGUUGCUCGGUUUAUUUGAAUACCAAAUCCUGAAGCCUAAUAUUGACCUUCUCCUCCACAGAGACAGUGCUGUGUUAUCAACAACAACUCUGUUAUCAGUUCAUACAUCAGCUGCUUCUACGCUGAGAGGACGACUGUGCGUUUGAUCCCGAAGCAAAAUUAAACUCUGACAAGUUCUGCAUUUAUGAAAAUGUUUAUGUUCUCAUUUGAGUUGGUUUUGGCGAUCAUUUCACUCUCCCCCUGCUCUUCCAGGAAAAGCAUGUGCACUUAAGACUUUGUGUGCCCUGAGUUUUGUCUUUAAGGCACAUAAAAGCUUCACUCAGGAUCACUAAAACUAAAGUAGCGUGCUGGCAGUUCUUGUUGUGUUGUGUUUGUUGCAGUGAGGUGAAUGAACCUGCGCUGAGAGCCAUCUCUCACACUCAGCAGCUCUUGUAGCAGACAGGAACUUCCUGUGGUUUCCCUGUGCUUUGAUUGCAUUAAGUGACUCUUUGUUUUCAAGGUAAACAUUAUAACAUGAAGUGAGCACAAUGUAAAAGUUCACCACUCGACUGGAUGGUAACCGGUUCUCAACAAUCAGCUUGUUCAGAUGUGGUCAGUGACCAGCGGGUCUUUGUAAAUAUGACCAAUGAUGUGCCAAUCUCAUAUUGACACACACGAGCUGCAAACACUGAUGCAACAGCUACACAUACAGUUCAAGCUAACAGAACAACACACUGACCUGCAGGAGGAGUUAUCAAGUGUGCGUCACAGGAACCAAUCUGGACUUCUUCAGAGUCUGUUGUAAUGUGUUCGUGGUUGAGGGAGCAGAAGAAGAAGCUCGGUAUGAACUGAGGAAACAGUAAAGGUCAUGAAGUCCCAGGAUCAUAGUCUAUGGCUAUUAUACACUGCUUAGGUAACAGAGGGAGUAAGUGAGUGAGUGAGCAGAGCCAUUCAUACAAGUAAUAUCUUCCCUUGGAGUCAAGAAGAAAGUGGUGUCAACAAGUUGUUUCCUUGCCUUGAAGGAGAAAAAAUAUAUAUUUCUAAAGAUAAUUUCCUUUUUUUACAAGAUUCUCGUUGUGGAGUUUGAAAGAAAGGCUUUGAUACCAUGUUUUUUUAUAGCAGGUUAUCAACUCAGUACAAGUACCAUCUGCAGAUGUAAGACAGAGAAGAACUGCUGGCACUGUCCAAGUAGAGUAAAACAAGAUAGCUUUGGUUUUCUCAGCAUUUAGCACGAGACUGAGGUGCAACCGAGUAUUAAGAGUAUCAAAUGCUGACUGCAAAUGAUUCAAUGCCAGGGCUGCAGUUUUUGCUUAACAAUAAACAGUGGUAUCAUCUGCAUAGAGAUGUACAGAACCAUCUAUAUGUUUGGCCAACAUGAUUGACAUAUUGUGAAGAGAGUGGGACCCAAGACUGAACCUUGUGGCACACCCCGUGUAAAUUUUCUCAAACAGUCUAAAUGCCUGUUUGAGAAAAGAGAGCUCUCAUCCGUCUGCGGUUUUUAUUCUAGUAAUUUUAGGGCUCAAUGAGUCCAGUAAACAGGAUACAUACAUUUCACUUGUAGUCUUGCAACAACCUGUAUUCAAAGACAGUGAUUUUUGGAGGUGGUUUUAAGCCUGCGCAGUGACUUCCACUACAGACCCACUCUUGUUUUGUUGUCCUUGCCCCAACUUUUGAAACAUAUUUCUGUGAUCAAGUUUAAGAUGAGCAUAUACUUUUCAUGAAACAACAAAAUUUGAGUUUUAAUAUGCCGUCUCUGUCUCUGUGUCAUUUUUGAAUUAAAUUUAGGCUUUGAAUGACCUGUAAACUUCCUCCGUCUGUUUGUCCUUUACCAGCUGUAUCCCAAAUAUGUUAGAAUUGUCACUGCAUGUGUCUAACAUCUUACUUCUGUCUUAAACAUUCAUAAAUGAAAAAUAUUAAAAAACCUAAAGAACAUCCUUUUUUUUCUGUCACAGGAGGUGGAGGGAACAGAAAAGGAAAGAGUAAGAAAUGGAAGCAGUUGCUGCAGUUCCCCCACGUCAGUUUGUGUGAGGAGUUGCGACAAACCACAGGUAAGUUAGCCCUGUUCCCACGUGCUGUGUUAGACUGAGGGGUUUCAACCUCACAUGAGUAUAAGUCUGUCUGUGUCUUAAAGCAGCAGUGACCUGCUUUUGGCUUUAGUUGUGCACCCCUUCAGCUAAACAAAUCUAGUUCAUUCAUCACCAGAAGAACUCAGAUAGUGAGAUCCUCGGAAAUCCAGUGACAGACCUUUCUUGACCUUAGCCUUGGAACUGCACCCCCCCGGAAAUAUGUGAUAGCCGUUAGGCACUUUUUGAGAUAUCUCCACAAUCUGAACUCAUGCGGUUAGAUUUUAGGCAAGAGAUUAGAAAACAAACUCAACUGUUGUAGCGUUUUCACAGAAUUAAGUUUCCAAUUUUCUAAUUUUUCCUUUUUCGCGUUCUUGACUACUCAUGGAAAUCUGCACUUUAAAGGCAAACCUAAUGCAUUCAAGGGAGAUUUUACCUUUAUUUUUGUUUUGCAUCCUUGCACACUGCACACUUGAAGUGUCAAGAUCAAGUCCAUCUAACAGGUACAGUGUGUUGCCCAUGUUGAGUCUGAGGCCAGCCAUAGUCAUUAUUGAAUCAGAGUUUAAUAUAUUGUAAAAAAAAAAAAAAUCUUUCUGCAUUUUAUUCUGUUGUGAUUGGCGCAUUGGUAUGGACUUAUGAUCCAAACUUAACUGAACAGAACUCGGCGUGGGUGGACCAUUUUGCAUUUUGUUUUCAUCUAAUUAAGAUCAUGAGUUUACUUCAGCAUAUUACUACAUUUAAUGUCAUUUUCGCAGAUGAAAGUAGAUGACGAGACAUCAUUAGAGGGAUUUUCCUGUUCAAAGAGAGGCUAGCAAUCCCACUAAUAAAAGCUCAACGUGACAUUAGUAAGGACAGAUGUGAAUUGUGUUUUGAGAUAAGAUCCCUUUGCAUGGCGGCAGCUGACUCUCCUUCCUCUUUAUUAGUCCUGACAUAGCCUCCAGAUGGGGAGAUGAAUGUUGAGCGACUUCACAGGACAUGUUGGAGUCUUUUUAUAGCUGUGUUGAAGCUUUCAUUUAAUCAUGUUUAACCCUCUUUCACUGUGUUUUUUCUGGUGUCUUUGCACACAGCUGCCUCUGUGGUCCUAAAGAGUAAAUCAGCUGUCAGUGUCAGGAUGUGUUUCCCUGAGGCUCCUGAGAUUCAAACAAGUCAAGUACACAAUAAGCUGUAAACACUUAAGUCAUAAUACUGCUCUAUUUUUAAACACGAUUCAGUCAAACUGGGAGAUUGGAGGUUUUAUAAAUGUAUCAGGUUACUCAGUGUUUGUUUUAUCAGUGUUGAUUUUUCAUUUCCUCUGUGUCAAGGGUUGUCUAUUAAUAAACCAAAAAAAGAUUGACUGUUGGUGUAGGAGGUUGAAUUGAAAAAGGAGGAACAAAAGGAGUUCAUCAAAUAUUUCCCACUGUUAUCCUGCUCUUCUACAAUAUAAGACUGUAACAUUGGGAAGUUCCCAUGCUGGAACAUUGUCAGUGUCUCCGCUGUAUUUUUGAAUGGACUCACUUAUCUUCAAUAGAAAAAAUCAGACUGAAGCAGAAAAUCUGCGGGGCGAAAAGUUGAGUACAUGAAAUUCUAAAUCUGCUGCCCAGUGGAUCUAAAUUUACAGGACAAACUUGCGGACAAAGAGAUUGUUUCGGUGAAUUAAAUUCAGAUUUAAUUUCACAUAAAAUCAUGUGUGUCGGACAAUUUCAUACUCGUUUAUUUUUUCACUUCAACCAUGAAAAGUGCCCUACACACCCGUGCAACCGAUGCUUUUAUGACCUUUAUGCAAGCACUUAGCUGCUUAAGCAUGCUGUGUAAACAGUGAAGAAGAGGAGUCUAACAGCACCGCUUUGCUACAGUAUCUCUCUCAUUAACACGAAAUCAUGCAUUCAUAAAAUGAGGUGGAUAAAGAUUGAUUACGGCUCUCCUUUUACUAUUACCUGCUAAUAUUGUUCCUCUUUAAGUCUCGAUUUUACUGUGAUUUCAAGUUUUAGAAAGUAUUAACAGACACUUUUCCACUUCUGACACGUACAUUAUAUCCAAUCAAACAUUGUUCAAACUUUUCUUUAGACUUGAAAUACUACUCCAUUAUGUGAUCUUUCUUCUACUACAUUUCAUCGUUGUAUUUACCAGUCAUUUUUAAUUGGUCAAAGAUAUGGUUACAUUUAAAUUACAGCUACCUGAGAAGUUACGUGACGCGUUACUGUUAGAUGUUUAAAAAAAAACAUAUCUAGAAAAUUUUGCUCACGGCACUGGCACCCAUUUUUGUGAAUUAUAUAUAAAAACACUUUUAACAUGCAGGUAUGAACUGAAUAUACUAUAUAUGUGCAAUGAAUAUGCUAAAAUUGUGUACAGUGUUGGUUACUGCUGGUAUGAAUAGGCUAUACAACAAAAAAACAAAUAUGUAUAUUAUCUAUACAUACAGUAUACUGAUUAGUGCAGGUGUGAAAAGGAGAAAAUUCUUCUUUGUACUUCUUUAAAGUAAAACCAGCAUCAGGGGAACUUUUUAAAAUAGUUCAGCUGAUUCACUGUGAUCUCUGAGGAAAACUAUUUUUGAUUCUUUGAGCCGUCACUUCCAGUGUAAUUCCUCAGUAUCAUUAUGUGGUAUGUAGAGUGACCUGUGAUACACCAUUUUGUCACUGUCAUUGAAUUGAAUGGUGUGUUGUGCAAUCUUGCGUGCUGCUGCUUCCUGCCCAACGCAUGGAUGGAAAGGAGAAAGAGCUGUUGCAACUUCACUUUUCUUUUGUUUGAUUCCAGACUUUUCGCCCCCAAAGUUACUCUCGGCUGCUCCGCUAUAAACUUACUGACAACUUUACUCUUUAAACACCAAACUCAACGUGGAUCCAGUUUAGAAAUGCCAAAGGAGCAAAGGUGAACUCUGAAUGUUUAAGGGCUGAAUAAGAAAAAAGCGUCUUGCUUAAGUAGUUCAGAGGAAACAGGUCGGUGCAGAAAGAGGAAGCAGCAGUAUAGUUACUUUCAUUUACAGAGCACGUGACAGAUUGGAGACACAAACAUUUCUGCAACCCUGAAAAUUUUUGAGGCGCUCCAGCACAAGAGUCACACAAGAGUCGGACACCACAAAACAGAAAUUGCUUAGGGAAACCAGUGAGGCAUCAAGUUCAGCUUGUUAUUCUUCAAAGUAUACAUCCCGGUCAUGCAGAGAAACACUCGAUCUGUGUAUCCUCAAACCUAGAGGUGUGGCUGUCUGACUGAAGAAAAAGGGUUCAAAAGAAAGUGUUGAAUUUGUUUCCUGCUGCCUGCAGGUGUCAAAUUUCUAUUCCAAACUUAUCAGAAAAACUGCCUCGACUUGCCCAAACCCCGAGGACAGUUUUUCAGUCAACUUCUCUUUUGGUGUUUUCUCCCUUUUAUUUUUGUUCAUGGGUGUCGACCACGUGACAGAUUUUGAUGUGGCUGCCAUCUUUCGGACUGUUACGCCAUCAACCAGCUCCAAUGAAGAAUGGCUAGUCAGGAGAAAAUCACCCACCUACUUAUAGUCUGGCUAUUUAUAAGACUCUACUGCAUUUUAUUGUUCAUCUGCCUGGUCCACAGUUCCUUUCCUGUAACUGGCAUGGACAUUAAAGUGGACAGAAGCUUACUGCUACUUUGUUUCAGGAUAGGUUAUUCAUCCUGAAGUCCAUCAUGUGGAGAUGAAGAAACAUCUCUUGAACAAAUGGAAGCUAUGUCACGGAGUGUUGGCUAACAAUAUCAUCGACAUGCUAGGUGGUUAGACUAAUGACAAGGAUCAGCAAACUUAAAGUUAGUACUAACGUCAGGCAUGAAGGGUCAGCUUUGUUGAUUAAUGUCACGUGUUGAUUUUAAGCUACAGACGACAGGCUUAUCUUGCUAGCUUCCUUAACUCGUGUUGUUAACUGCAGGUGGAGCAUAUAACCCGAAUGCAACUCCAGUCACAGUACAGGAGAAGCUGUAAGGCAGACUUACUGGGAAGUCUUUGUGGUGUUUACACAUGUAUGAAUAAAGGAUCAUUUCUGUAUAUUUAGGGUUUACUGCCACCACAGCACAGCAGGUAUCAGGUGUGUUGAUCGUUUACACGUGGUUGCACAUUUUAGAGCUGUCUUUGUGACAAUGGGAUACAAUGAAGUUUUGCUUAAGUUUAUCAUACAAUCGUAUGAAUAUAUGAUCUCAUAUUACAGCUGGGUGAUAAAAUUAUAACGAUAUAUAUCAAAAUAUUAAUUUCCCUCAAUAUCAAUAUAAAACAUGGUCAAUAUGCUUUUUCGACAGUCGGCACUCUGCCAUGUUCUGGUCGAUUACAUACGAAUAGCUAAUGAAAAUGGGAGUUUCACGCUGAACCAAUCAUGUACUGAAUUAGUGCCAAGUAGCAAACAACUGCAUAGUAGCAGGCUACACGCAACCAAAGCACUUUAACACCGAAAACAGCCUACCGUUCAGUCCGCUUUCUCUAGCGCAAUGCCUUCUGACACGAAGACCUCACAGAUGCAGUAGUUUAUUGUAUUGCAAAAGACAUGCACAUAUAUCGUGUUAAACUUUUUCCCAUAUCGCCCAGCCCUAUCUCAUACCAACCCAUGCCUCUGUAUGAUAGAAACAUCAAAAUCUGCAGCCACAUUGCUUCCGUUAAAGCAGCGAGUUUGUCAUUCUUAGCCACCAUACAAUCCUGACCCUGGAUGAAUCCCGUCUUUUUAUAACGGGCUGUGCUACCUUCUCAACAUUCACCUGAAUUUGACAAGAAUACUCGCUUUAUUACUCAAUUGCAGGAACUUGGGAAAUGCGUUAACUCAUUGGAGAGUCUCUCAGUUUUUCCCUCUCCUUGUUAGUGUCAGUUAAUGUUUUCCCUUAAGUGUUUUAAACUCCUCUGGGGGUUAACUGCAGCAGCGUGUAAAGUCAGUAUGAUGUGAAAAAUUCCCUCUUUUAUCACACGUUUGUGUUUGGAGGCUGUUUCUGCUCAUGGUACACAUCCAUACAAGGCACGGCGGCGGCGGUCAGAGUAAACACACAGGACACAUUGUUAGCAGGAGGACGUCCAUUAGAGAGGACGCUCUGAUGUCGACCUCUGAUAACUCUGUAACUGCCUCAAGGUGCAGCAAGGCGACACACAGGCUGGAUGAGAUCUAAACCCGGAGGACAGUCAGGGAAACAAAGAUGGAAGAUGUGUUUCUCAGGGCUUUUGUUUCAAUUAGUUACGGGACGUAAAACAGGAAGUGAAUCAAAGAGCUUAUAAUCUUUUCAACACCUUAGGAACUUAUCGAGGAACAGAAGAGCCUUUCAUAAAAUCUUUUUAAGACUGGAACAAAAACAGGUGAAUUUGUUUGGACUUGAUGUAACAGUAACACAAACUCUCCAACUGAUUUAUGAUAAUGAGAUUAAAAUGAAAAUAAGCUCAGUGUAUAUUUAUGACCCCGAACUGUGAAAGGUUUGGGGGCAAAAAAACACACAUCAUGUGUUAGAAAUGAAAGGUUUUAUUGUUCUUCGAGAAUUAUCUCUGUUUUUUUCUCAUUUUUUUAAAACAUGACAUGAUCAGUUUGUUCUUGAGUCAUAUGUGUAACAUAACAACUUGAUUUUGGUCAGUGAUAGACUUCAUCCUCGUAAUGACUUUAUUUAAACAUUUUCUCGAGAACAACAACUUAGUUCUCGUAAUCUGAUUUUCUUUUUAUAAACUUAGUGCUCUCUUUAUAUUGUCUGUUUAUACUUUAUACUGUUAAACUCCAAAUAGAGGAACGUCUAACCUGUUAAGUAUCAAACAUCUGUCAAAGUUUGGAGAUUUUUUUUUAACUGAUUUUUACAGUGUUUUGUUUUCCCGACUGUUUUAAGACGCGUCGCAGGAAUCAUUAUUUUAAAACAAGCCAAUUGCUUCAUAACAUUUACAAACAGCAAGGAGUUUUUUUUUUUAUACCAGAUAGUAGUAACUUUUAAUAUCAUUCCGUACAAAAAAAACAGCUGCUGUGUUUGUCUUCUUCAGUAAACAUACAUAAUAACUUUGGCUCUUUCCUGAAAGGUGAGGUGGGAAUAGGCUGAGAUUUGAAUGAGUUCAGACAAACACACUGUUUGACAGACUGAGUGACACACAGACAGGAAGUUCAACAUGUAGCUGCACAAAAAAAAAAAAGCACGCACCAAAAACUCUGCAAACUGAUGUCUGUGGGAGGAGGCAGAGAAAAGGGCUGCAAGUGCGAAGCAAAGACUGUAAAUAGUGGUUAGAAAGUGUGAGAUGGAGGAAUGUGAGUAAGAUAAGACAAUGAAAGAAACAGUUUUUUUCUGUUCGACCGUUUUUAUAACGCAGAUGAAGAAAGACGUGAGUGGGUAGGAGUCUUGAGAAAGACUUCAGGAAACUGUCAACUUCCUUGUUUUUUGAAAACAAGUUGUUCUCUUCUCUUCUCUCUUUUACUCUUGACUUACUUCACCUCCACUCUCCUGUCGCUUAAACUACACAUUACAACAACCUGUGCAGGCGGUGUGCAACGUCUCUGACGUUAACAACGUCUGACGUUUCUCAAUAUUGUUUAAUCAUAAGUGGGUUUGUGUUUCUACACACAUUAUAUCUGUUUUUUGUUUUGUCUCAUAGUAGAGAUGCAGUGACCUUUGAGUUCACUUAAUCCUUUAAUGGUUACGGUUUUUACUGUAGAUGCACAGUGCUGUUUACUCUUUUCUUAUCUUGGACAGAAAAAAACAGAGUUUGCAAACAUCGAAUAUAAGAGUAGAUUCCUAAUCUUAAUCACUUUAAAAAUCACUAAAACCUCUUAAUCGGCUCUCUCUGUUUACUGUCUGAACCAACUGAGUUUGUUAGAUGUAAAGGAGGAUAUACAGUGAGCGAGCUGUUGAACAAAAUAGACCGUUUCUGCUUCUUUUACGGACAACAAGUGGAAGUGUUUGUCACGUGUUACAAGUUAACAUGACGGAUGAGAUUUAUGGUGAGGCUGACUGAUUUCUACUGUUUAUCAUGUCAGUCUGUGACACCUUAAAGGGAUAUUUCGGUAUAAAAUUAAUUUAACACAGUUAGACACCCCCUCGAGAGAUGAAUGUUGCCGACCACUUUAGUAACGACCACAGGAUAGCAGUUCACAAGCGGUCUGAGGAGCCAUAAACAAACCUCAACCAAAACGCCACUCUAUAGCCACAAAUGAUGCUCAGAACAGCACCUAACUUCAGCAGCCGCUUGUUCAUAGCGAGAUCUCAGACCAGUCCAUUACGGACUACAGUGGGGUGACGCAGCUCAAGGAAGAACAUUUAUGAUCAUUUCUUUAUCAUCUCCUUAACGUAAUAAUCAUCAUAUUAAUCAUUUUGCACUGCAGACGCGGUAGUUCUUCUGCCUUAGCAUCUCGGUCCGAGUGCAUUUCCAUGAAGAAAUGAUCAUAAAUGUUCUGUAAUGGACUGGCCUGAGGUCUCGCUACAAAUAAGCGGUUGCUGGAAGAGAGUAGGUAAGUCAUGUUUAGUCUCUUUGCUUAAGAAAUUAGGCAAAGUAGUACGAGAAGCUUUUCAUUUUUGAACCAAAAAAAUUCCUUAUUCAUCUUAAACGUUGGCUGCUCUUCCACCACAUAGAGAUAAACACAACUCGUGGGUGUUACUUUUUACACAGCUGUGUAGUCAUGUGACAACCUUAAAGCUAUACACUUGUAGAAAAGGUUUGAAAACAGCCCGAAGUGCACACGCCAACAUUGUAACACGAUCUGUUUGCAUUUAAAUAAGGAUCAUCAUAAAAGUCGCAUUCAAGCUGCAGUCUCCAUGGCACUCACACUACGAGGUCGUCACUACAACAUUGUGCAGGUUUGAUAUGGUCUACGAUUGUGUGUAGUGUAUCUCUAUAGUAUUGGUAUAUGGUAUUAUAUCCAUCCCCUUAUGACAGCAUAUUCUGGCUCAAUCCCAAGUCUCAUUUUGACCCCAGCCCUGCGUCCUCCAGCCCAGCAUCGCUUUUCUGCCAACAUUUGAAUUAAAGGGCUAACGGCGAGCUCUGUCAACAUUUGUGAGUUUAAUUAAUGCUGGAAUAACCCGUUAUUGAUAUGACAUAGAUGACAUCGAUUCUCUUGGUUCGAUUCAAACAGCGAGUAAAGCUUGAGAAAAGUAACCGCAGUGAGCAGGAUCUACUUUCUGUAUUGAUGGGACCAUGAAUCCUUCAGAGGCCUGACAGAGUCCUCUUUGUAUAGGUCUGUGUUCAGUCAUGUACAGCAUGUUCUGUGCAGCUCUGCAGCCCCUUUCAUCCACAUCACACCUCCAGUCAUGUUCACUGAUCCACCAACAUGGCAUGAAGAUUUCCCAGAACUCUGUGAUGAAUUGUUUCCUGCAUGAGUGAGAUCAGUCAAGUGGUUAUGUGGACUGCAAUGAAGCUACACUGUGAUAUACAUUAUAUAGCACUGGUAUUUAGAUAGGGGCUGCUCACUAGUGGGCUGACAUGCUUUAUGAUGACAGGCAUGGUCAAACAUGUAACCUGCCCGAGGGGAGAGUCAUCAUUUAGAAACAUCACUCAACUACAACCACAGGAGAUAAGUUAAAGUGUGAAGGAAAUUCAUUAACACAAGUUAGUGACCUUUAUGAAUGCAGCUGGGAGGAUGAUUCCACAUGCCAUUAUAUGAAGUUUUGACAGUGUGAAUACCCUCUAUUGUAUAUGUUUUAUAAAGGUUGUAAUGGGCCUGGUAUUUUGCAUGUAACAUGAGCAAAGUUGGGAAAGUCAAAACACAUCUUUUACUCGCUGUAAAUGUGCCGUUUGUGAGCUGUAGGUGGGUUAGUCACGUGUUGUUCUCGGGUCGUUAGCAGGUAAUUAGCAUAGAAGUUUACGGCUUAUUUGUCUUUCUCUGAUCCACAUGUCCUCCAUGCCAAGUCAAGCUGUCAAAUUUUGCCAUAUAUGAUGAAAAUACACAGAAAUCAAAAAGCAUGUUUCUGUCCAGUCAAAAAAAAAAAGAUUAAGUCAUACAAAUCUACAAAAAAAGGAGUGCAUACAGCUGGUGGGUGCAAUUAGCAGAAUUGAAUUCAUGUAAACAGUAUGUUAACUAGGGGUGGGAAUCACUGGUGGCCCCAUGAUACAAUAUUAUCAUGAUACUUGGGCCACGAUUCAAUGUUAUUGCGAAAUUAUUGCGAUUUUUGACAUUUUGCAAUACAGUGAGUAUUUCGAUGUCUAAUUUAUGCUGUAUGUAUAUAUAUAUAUAUAUAUUUGUUGUACUAACUCUUUCCUGCUCUAUAAUGUCAUCUCUGCCAACCUCACUGGAAAAACAAUUGAUUUUAUUUUCCCAUUAUCAUAGAUUUGACUUAAAAUUAGCCAUUAAUUUGAAAAAUAGAUACUUAGUAAAUGAGACAAUAUGAUAUAUCACCAGACAAAAUAUCGUGAUACUACGUUGUAUCAAUUUUUUCUCCCACCCCUGAUGUGAACAGUAUUAUACUGUAAUCAAGGUUUUUACUGUACACUUAAUAGUGCAAAGUGCAGCUGGUGGGUGAAGUUAGCAGCAUUGUGUUGUAAUGUAAAUAGUGUGAAUAGAGAGCAUUAAUAAAAUCAAUAGCUGAAUGUGCAAAAUACAGAGUAAGGUCAUUUAUAACCUCUACAAUUGCUAAGAGUCAUCUCACAUGGUCAGGAGGCGAGUUAUGAAACACAAAAACUUUACUCCAAAGGUAUCAGAGAGUAAAAUCUGAAAGAUGAUGCUACAAAAUUGGAAGUGGAACGGUAAGAAAACCACGUGACUCCUGAGUUAAUAGAGUCUCCCUAAAGCUCCCCAAAACAGUGACUUAAAGGUCCUGUAAGGAGUUUUUUAACGUGUCUAAAGUUGACAGAAAUUUCAAUUUAUGUCUUAUUCAUAAUGGUGGAAAAAAGCAGCAAAGACCAUUAGUGACAAGCUAAACCCUUAUGUUUAACAUACCUGACCACCCAAAAGUCCACGCCCCAGUUUGGCCUCCCCAGUCUAAACAGUCUUACCCUGCUGCUGCUUUUAAAAGGUCAAGAUUACGACUUGUGCACACAAGGUUAAAACUUAUGCACACAGGAUUAUGACUCGAGCACACGAUAGGACGCAAGUUGCUGUCUUGUUUGCACAAAGUAGAUCAGACUUGUACAAGAUGAUGGAUGAUUUUUGUCCUUACUUUUUGGCUUUAAUUUACUGCCUUAGUGCAGAGUAGAGAUACAAAGUGAUGAUUGGAGUUUAACAGAAGGAUGUAGCAGUGUAACAAAGUCACACAGCUGAGAUGUUGAAAGAGCAGAAAAACUCAAAGUGAGGUGAAACAAAGCAGAACUUGACCAAGUGAGUCCACAGCUUUGAUUAGUCUCCUUUUUAAUGGAUGGGAAAUGACUCAUUAAAGGGAUGAGAAAAUGCUAAUUUGACGCAGUUGCAUCACCACUCCACCCAAGUCGUGCUCAUGUAAUGUACAAGGUAGGGAGGGGCUGAAAACAAGGUGUUACCUACCAGUUAUCCUGGUUCCCUGAAAAAAAAGAAAUUAAAUCAAACUGCUGUUUUAAAUCUGCAUUUAGGUCCUACCUCCUGUUCUCACUUUCCUGCACACAAAGUAACAGUAAAAGGCUUUCAUGCAACUGCUGAAAGAUUAAAAAAAAGAGCAAAUACAACCUUGAGUUUCGCAGACUAUGCAUGACAGUGAUGACAGGGAGUGCAAAACUUUACAGUAAGAGGGCUGGCUGGUAUCUGGACUCAGGUGAAAUGAGAACAGCUUCAGGGCAACAGAAAUUCGACAGCGAAAGUUUCAGGCCCCUAAACAGCUGUAAAGGAUUUGAAUUUUAGUAUUUUUAAAAGUGAAACAGAGAAUUCAAAGCCUCAGCAGAUGUAACCUGCUCUGGCAAAAACAGACGGACAGCGAGUGCAACAUAUUCAAAACUAAUUGUAAAUGCAAAUCUCAAUGUUGCAAAUUUUUUCAGAGGCAGUAAAGAGGGAGAGGGUGAUAUUCGUCCUGAAGAUAAGAGAGUUACAAACAGAAGAAGCAAAGGAAACUUUCAUCCACAAAAUUCAUCCAUGCAGGAAGGGUUUGUUAUCCUUGAUUUAUCGGUCUGUCACAUUCAGUCAUACGGAUCUCAUAGAUUGGAUUGGACUCUUGGUUUUGCAGAUCUUUGCGCCCUGAUCACUCUGACCCCUUGACUCCUCCUUGAAUCAGAUCCAUUUGUCUUCCUGACUCACUUUCCAUCCACGUGAGUCACACAUGCAAAUCAGUGUUUCCUUGGAGUUUUUUUUUUCUUUUUGUCCUGAAGCACAAUCAGACUCAUAAACUGGAAUAACCACAGAUAGAGAUUUCUAAAACCUCCCACACAGGCUGUGAGUAUGGUUCAUGUGUCUGUAGGCCAAGGCUAUUUAGAGCCAUUCAGCACAUUCAAACAGCCAGUCUGCAUGAGCUGCAUAUUGAAGUCAUCGUCAAAGUCUGUUUCUACAGUCUGUUUCCCUGUAGCUAUGAUUUCUUUCUUUGACUUGUUCUGAAAUUUACAAGUUUAAUAACUUUACCUUCACGCUCUGUGUGCCUUCACUAUUUUUUUAAAGAUUCAAUGAGUGUUUUUUAAGUGAUAACUCAAUCUGGGAGCCCUACAUGAAUAUAAAUCCCUUCUUCUUUCUCACAUUGACACACAGACAAAGAAAUCACCAUUAAAACUAUAAAAAAAGAUAUAUAUAUUUUUUUCAUUUUGUAAAAUAUUUCAAAUUUUAUGUAACAUUUUUUAAAUAGUAUAAUUUUGGGGAAAUUUUUUGAAAUAUUUUUCCAUUUCUUGAAUCUUUUUAACAAUUUGGGAAGUACUUUAAAAAGUUUUGAAAUAUUUAAAACUUUGGUGUAAACAACAUCAAAACAUUUUAACAGUUUCUAACAUUUUGUGAAACAUUUUGAAAAUUUUUCAAAAGGGGUUACACUUUUGUAGACAAUUUCUAUUUGUGAAUUUUUUCAAAUUUUUUUUGCAACAUUUUACAUUUUGUGUCAUGUUGACAAUUUGAAGUUUAAAUGUACAUUUUGUGGAAAUUUUGAAGUAGUAGAGGUAUUUUUUUAUGAAUAAAAUUUUAUGCAUUGUCACUUUUUUUUUUCCAAAAAGCUUUUUUUUCUGUUCUUUCAACAGCUGUUUCAUAUUAGAUAAGAAAUUAUUAUGUUUUUUUUACUUUUCUGGGGAGUUGGUUGGUUUCCUGUAAAAUUAUGAGUUUGCUGAGUCUGGUAGAGUCCCUGACUUCACUCAGAGGCUUUGCAGGAAAAAACAAAACAAAAGAGAGAUUCAUUCAUUUGGGAUAAAUUUGGGAAAAAGUUGGGAUAUCUUUCAGUUAAAUUCAAACCCUGACUUUAAGUUAAACAUUAUUGUGUCUUUGUGUGUUUGUGUGUAGAAAAAGAGUACAGCAGCCUGUGCGAGCGGCAGCCAAUCGGGCGAUUACUCUUCAGACAAUUCUGCGAGACACAACCUGAACUGAGACGCUGCGUCAAGUUCCUGGAUGCUGUGGUAAGAACCGUGUGUGUGUGUGGGAGUGUGUGUUUGGAUGUUUUGUGGCGUUCCUGGAAAGAGAGGGUAUGUUGUGUCGGAGACAUGUCCCUUCUUCUACGAACACUUGAAGAAAGACAAAAGGAUCCAAGUGUGUGUGUGCGUGUGUGUGUGCAUUUCUGUGUGCGUUUCUAAAUGUGGGAACGAAGGCUGGGGGCAGAAGUCUCAAGGACUUCUGUUUCUUCCUGGAAGUGCUGCAUGAUUCCUGGUACAGAGGGCCAAAAAGGGCCAUGAGUGAAGACAGGAAAGUUUGUUUUCUGGUUUGUUCCUACUCUGAAAUCAUCGGCUCAGUUUGUUGUGAUGAAACAAAGAGAUGCAGGUGCAUAAAAAGAAAGUUUGAUGAGCAACAAGAUCUGAAAUUCCUUUAACAGCUGAAGAAAGAAGAAGACAGAAAACAUGACCAAGGUAACAACCUGUUAACCUGGUAGAUAAUUGAGGAGGUGGAGGAACAGAAAAAGAGGGAGGGGGAAAAAGAAGGAGGAGUAGAAGGAGGGGAACAGGAAGGAACAUAGGACGGAAAAAGGAAGAAGAGGAGACAGGAGUUAAGGAGAAGGAACGGAGGAAAACAAGAGGGCAGAGGGAGACAGGGGGACAGAGAGAAGAAGUUUAGGAGGACAAGGAGGAGGAUUCGAAGGUGAAGGAGCUGGUGAUGGACACCGAGUCUUUCAGGAGUCAUCAGGACAGACAAAAGACCUGAUUUGAGUCCACUGAGCAAACAGGACUGCAUAACUGAAGUCAUGAAACGUCAGAGUCAAAACUGACCUCAGGGCUGUGGCCUCUUUACUAACAUUCCCAUCCCUACUCUGCCUCCGUUUCUAAAGAAUUUGCCGACCUUUUAGCCUCUUUGUUCAAGAGGAUCGCUGUCUCCGAUUCCCUUUACUCUGUUGGUGUGAGCAACAGCUGGCCUCAGUCAUGAAGGCUUAAGACCCAAAAUAUAAACUGAGCCCACUUUUGUGACGUACUUUAAGUCUUUCAUUCUCCAUCCUCUCUCACCGUCUCUCACUUUCUUGCCCAGCAGUUGUUCGAUUGGUCGUGUUUGUGUUACAGCCUCAUGAUCUCCUUUCUUGUUGUGCCUCGCUCCAUCCCUCGGCUUUUCAGACACACAUGGACCCACACUGUCCCCCUCCUGCUCCUCUCCCCGCUCUCCUCUCUCCACCUGUGGCUGCCUGAUAGUUCGUACCGCUGUUACGCAACAUGUUAGAGAUUCUGGGGAGAGCUUCAAACACACUGAUCUGAGCUGCAUAUGACAAGAAAAAGUCAAGACAUCACCACAUAGCGAUCAUUUGUUGUGCUUUAACACACGGCACAGUUUCUUAGAAGAUACAAUCAUCAAUUUGCUUUGGUGGACAAUAAUAACGCUGCACCAGAGGGGGAUUUUUGGAAUUUAAAUCAGUGUAUCUGUGCAAUAAAUGGAUUGUUACAGCUCUAUGAAUGGCCAGUUAUAGAUGCACACUGUGAUCUUUGCUUCUUGUAUGUUUCAGGUUUUAAUACAGUCACAUAUUUACAUUCACGUCAAUCUUUAGUUCAUCGAAAAGUUCAACUUCUUUACCUACUUUUUAAACAUUUUUCGUGACUGAAUGUCAGGUAAUCCUCUGCUUUCAGAGGUAUUCAGUGGGCAAAGAGAGGUCAGUGAAGGCAUCAUCCAUCCGUCUAUCUGUCUGUAAACACAGUGUGGCUCCACUCUGACUGACCAGCGUUACAGCUCUCACUCCUCCGGCGGAUACAACUCUCAUACGAGGCAAUUAUCUGCAUUUUACCCCCGCAGCCGCUUCCCGUCUCCUCCCCGAGAACUCGACAAGAGAGCGAGAAUGAGAUUUGACCCGUCUCCGCUGUCACUUAGCGUUAGUUUACGCCGUGAGAGGGAGAGAGGAAGCACUCUGGAGUUUUCCAGUCGGCUCAGUUUACUGUCGAGUCCCUCCGAGGAGGUUUGAUGUGGAGAGGAGGAGGAGGAGGAAAAACGAUCAGGCCGUGUGCUGCAGGGUGUGGGGCAGGACUCGCAAACCAGACGAUUACAACACAAACGAGGUUUUCUGUCAAAUCAGCAGACACACUCAGAGUUAGUGUUACAGCUGAGCAAUCCCUCACUGGCUGCUACAGGCUUUCGAUGCAGUCAUCAUGGUGUUGUGACAAGUUGAUCAGAAUAUUGCAAAAGUUCAGGAUAGUUCGAGCUUAAAAAACACCAACAGAACAAACUUUCAAAGUUAUCGUUUUGGGCCUUAAUUUGAUUUAAUCCUAAUUGUGUAUGUGUCUGUUUCAAUAAAAUAUAACAGCUUCUUCACUAUGUUAAAUACUCAAUCCUGAUUGGUCAAGACUUGCCAACAACAAUUCUAACUUUCCAAUCCUUAUCAAAUCAAUCCUCAAAUUUGAUGGAUGGAGGAUAUUUUUUUAACUGGGAACUUUGUAUUGAUGGUUAAAAGCUGACAGUCACCCUCAGAGGAAAAAAGUCAAUAGAUGGGAAAACUGAGCAGAAAACGAUAAGGGAGAAAAGAAAGAAGAAAAAAACAGAAGUAGCCGAGUGAGAGAGACAUCGACUGAAUCGAAGAAAACAGAAAACAUGUCAUUUCUGUCUUGGAUGGAUGAGGUGUUUGUAAAUGCAUCUCAAAAUACAGUUUUUUCUGCCCCUUCGAGUCCUUUCUGUGUGUUUCUCUCAGUCAUUUGUCUCCAUGUUUGUUUGUUUUUUCUUCAGGCGGAAUACGAGGUGACUCCUGACGAGAAGAGGAAGGAGUGCGGUCUGGAAAUCAUCGACGUAUACUUAAAUCCAAAGGUGAGCGCUGCUUUACCUGACCUCUUUAAAACAGCAAAAACCCACAAGAACACUGCAAGAACUUGGUUUAUCUCUGAAGGGAAAUUUAUUCCACUUUCCUGCCAAUUUAGAGAAGUUUCUUUGUUGGAAAUAGGAAGUUCACUGCUAGACAAACUGAAUCACAGCCUUUAAGAAAAAUCUGCAACAAUUCUCUGUUCAAUGACAAGAGGAAUACAGAAGACCUCAGGAUUUAUAAUAAAAGUAAAUUUAAUCAUUUGCAAGAAUUGAUAGGGUCUCCAAUUGGGGCAGAACAAUCGCAGAGUCACCACUGUGCUAGUUCUGAAAGAAUAUUGUCAUUAAUAUGUCAAAUUAAACAGCAGAAGCUGGCCUGCUGGUAAAAACCAUGUGACCAAAACACCGCCCGAACACUACUCAAAUAAACCACUAAACAUCAAACUUUAUAAAGCGCCGCUGUGUGGACCCAGUCGCCACAUUUCAUUAUCGUACGUUAUCCAAAACACAUCGGCUCCUGCUCGUUUGAAAGAGCACACCACCAAGAUACACAGAAGCAUGGCAGAGAAAGAAGCCAAAAACCACCAAAGUCCAGUAAACACAGACACUGCCUGGCCAAAACAUGGUUGUGAAUUUCCUCUUAGUAUUCAAAUAGGCCUCGUAGUUACAUAGAAAUGCUCAUUUUUUUAUGAACCUACAAAAACAGGCUUGGUUUUUAGAAGGUUGAGUAGAUACACAGAAAUGUUCCCCGACUGAGGGGUGUCAGAGUCUUAGAUCGUCUCUUUCUCAGUUUUCAGGUUACAGACGACUCUAAAAUCAAGUCACACCUGCCCUUGGAUUCACCCUGUUCAUUAUGCUUCUGCUGCCCUUGCAUCAUUUCAGUAUCACAGCUUAUCCUCUAAGUGAACCCUCACCCUGAAAUUAUACAACUGAAGGAGUAUUCUUCCAGUUUACACGUACAUCCAAUCUCAUUGCUCGUUUAAAAUCGGACAAAACCUCCGUAAAUUGUCUAAAUAUGCUCUGAUAUUCAUGAUCAGUGCGUCACUAACAUGACCCCAUCUCAGGACACAAAGCUGACAGACUGGUUUAGAGUCGAUGCAGAGAGACGGGCACAGCUGGCGCACAUGUGAAUACCAGCUUCACUGGUUCCUUUUCAGCCACCAGAUUGAUUGUGACCCGAUACCUGACACUUGGUUAUCAACAUUUCUAAAGAUUGAUCGAUCAUGGUGAAUACUUGGUCACAACAUCCCCAGUCCGAGCAACUGGACAGGUUUUUAUUUGACUUAGUUUGAUGUGAAGCUCUACCAUGUUGCUUUUUUGUCGCAAGACUAGGUGGAGUCACAUGACAACACUGUGGUUUGUUUUUAAAGAGACAGUGCACAAACACGCGACAGAAUUAAAAGAUAUGUUACAUUUUUUUCACCUGUGAGAACCAUUAUCAACCAAAAACAAACAAAAAACGGUCUUUAUAUGAAACUGCCAGGGUCUUUUUUCUGUUCCGGAUGUGCACCUGAUGUGUUGCUAUUCCUAUAAAGUGAACAUGUUUAAAAUAAAAUCGUUAAAAAGUCACAGUCAGGUGAACGUUUCCGCUCUGUUCCGCGUAAAUCUGUCUCUCUCUUACUCUGGGCUUCAGUGUUUGACAUCUCUGUGUGUCUAUCCGUGCACGUACGUGUCUGAACAUGCAAAAGUCUGCAGAGCGUAAAACAAUCAGCACCCAGUCUGUCCAGCUUUCCUGUCACAGCUGAGUCACCCUUGUUUUCUUUCUGUGUUUCAGUCAGAGGAGCACGUGCCUGAGGUGGAGGAGGCCAUGUUGGCUCAGUGCACCGAGAGGCUGCAGCAGGAGGCCUGCAAGGAGCUUUUCAAGGACUGUACCAAGUGAGACCAGGAGCAGGAUUAAGCCGUGCAUGUUUACACUUAAUUAUCAGGGUUAGGUAGGAGGGUCAACAAUAUCAGAAUAUUGCAAAAAAUGUGUGUAAUUCAGCACAUUUUUGUCAUCAAGAGAUCCAGAGAAGCACAAGAAAUAAGAGAGUAAGCUAAGAUGGACUUGACAAAGUUUGACUUUUGCCAAAGUCUGCUCUAAAGAAGGGCAGGUACCACUUUGUAAGGAGAUGCUUUAUUAGUGGAGAGUUAGGGAGACACAUUUGUUCUGAACAGUGUGCACAAAGGGUGUCUGUGGGGUCUUGAAAAGUAUUCAUUGAUGCUGCAUUUAGGUUUUGCCUCGAGCGGUUGGCCUGGGCCGGCCUCCAGCCUGUGGCUCCUUUACCCCCAUUUAGGUCCCUGCACUUUCUCCCUGUUUCCUUCACUGCCCAUUGUCUACUCUUAAUAAAGGGGAAAAAAAAUAAAAUAAUGGAAUCAGAUAGCCAAAUUUAAAGCCAUUAAAAAGUAUUAAUUAACACUUUUAAUUUAUGAGAAUUUGUUAUGUUGAUAAAGUCUUUAAAAAGUUCUUUAAAAGUCUAAAAUUGAACAAAACUCCUGUAAGAUAUAUUCUAAUCCCUUAUCCCUAAUAGACAAAGCAGUUUAAUUAUGUGUCUCAGCCUCACAUCUGUACUAGGGCCCGAUCGAUUUAUCAACGGGCCGACUUAAUCGGCCAAUUUUAGCCAGUUUGAGACUAAUCGGUAAUCGGCCAAAACUCGCUGAUUUUCGCCAAUAUUUUCAGAAAAAAAAAUGCGGAGAAUAAGAUUCGGUUUCAUUUCGAAAAUGUUCCGCCAUUUGAAAAGAUCCCCUGACAUAUCCUGUAGAUGGUGCAGCGACCUCAUGACAGUCUGAAAACGCUGAGUUGAAAUCGCUUUUCUGGUCCAAACUGAUCAGUCGGUCUUCUUGUUGACGUGAAGAGCAGUAGCCUACAGUACAUCUACAGUAUAUAUAUAUAUAUCUACAGUAUAUCUACAGUAUAUAUAUCUACAUUAUAUCUACAGUAUCUACAGUAUAUAUAUAUAUAUCUACAGUAUAUCUACAGUAUAUAUAUCUACAGUAUAUCUACAGUAUAUAUAUAUAUAUAUAUAUAUAUCUACAGUAUAUAUAUACAGUAAAUCUACAGUAUAUAUAUAUAUAUCUACAGUAUAUCUACAGUAUAUAUACAGUAUCUACAGUAUAUAUAUAUAUUAUAUCUACAGUAUACAGGGUUUUUCCUGCGUUCAAAAUUGCGUGGCGGCCGCCUCCACCUAAUUUUGUGCCGCCCCCAGCCAGAGCGAUUGAUUUCGCUCAACACAGCGUAAAGCUCCAGCUGUGUUGAUUGAGUGUAUGAUGUCCCUCUGCAGCAGCAACGUAUUUUAACUGCAGUUGCAGCGUUGCGCCACUAUAAAGGCGCUAUAUCAACAGCAGUGCACCGGAAAGACCUGAAGCAUCUACCGAAGAAGAAACGGAUCGAAUCAUGUUUUUUCAAGUUUUUUUCCCGCUAGUUGGUGCUAUCGGCGACCUGAUUUUCCCCGGCGGCUGGUACAAACAGGUAAAUACUGCUUGUCUUUUUUGCAUCCAAGCAUGACGUGUUUAUUAAAAAAAAAGUUUCCUCCGUUUUUUUAGCGUUGCAGAUAUGACAGGCAAAAUCAGCCAGUACUUUAAAAAGCGACCUCGCAAGGAGGAAAGUCAAGAGUCCAGGUGAAACACAGCAGAGAAAAAACGUAACAGGCAGUUAAAAUGCUAUAACUCAUGGUGGGGACAACGUGGAAAUUUGUGUCAGGUCUGAAAGUACUUCACAAGGGACUGGUGAUCGCGAGGGUCAGAAUGCAGGACAGGACGAGUCGGCGAGGUGAGGGUAAUUAAUUAAUUAGUUUCCAAUUAGGAGCAUAACAACGCAAAACCAACGUGUACGUGGUUUUUAUUUCUCUUUCUAGAUCUUCUCAAAAACACAGAGCCAGUGGCUUUGACAAGCAGUGGCUUUGACAAGCAGUGGCUCAAUCAAUUUACCUGGCUCAGGCAUACUGAGGAAGGCAUGCACUGCUAUUUAUGCCAAAAGCACUGUGCCCCAACACAGCAGGCAAUUGCUGCCUCCUUAGUGAGACAGCCAUCAACCAACUACAGGCUGGACACAUUAAAAAGACAUGAGGUGACAGCCGUUCACAAAGCAGCAGAAGAGAAGGAGAAGUAUAUUAAAGAUUGUAGUACCUAAAAACACUCAACUAAUAAAGUUACAAAAACUAAAAUAACAUAGUUUAGAUAGUUUAAGAAAUAAUUGGUUGUCGUUUUUUUAGGGAGGACACUGCAACGUAUACAUAUAUAUAAUAUAUGAUUAAAACACUAUCACUCUUCAUGUCUGUAUCAGAAUAAAAACAAAAAUACUUAAUGCAUGAUGGAUUGUUUUGUUUAAGGUGAAGACACCUCUGUGGAACAGACUGAAGGAAAGGCACUUGGAUGUCUGUUGUAAGGUGGCCGUUGAUGGACCAGACCAGGAGGCCUUGGACUACAAGGAGUGCAUGAGGAGGUUCUACAGAAUGAAAAAGAGGAGGCUGAAAUGUUCUGUCUGGUUGUGAGAUGUGUGGAUGAAGUGUACUUUCAAUUUAAAGUUGCCAGCUGAUUUGUGUAUGUAUAUAGUUUUAAUAAAUGAAUGCUUUAACAUGAUAAUGGUCACACUCUUUUUUGAACUCUUAACUUAAAGUAUGUUGCCUGUAAAAGAAAAUGAGUCAGUUGAAUUUACAAAUACAUGCACGUCAUGGCGCAUGGUCAGGAUGGUGCCACCUCUGCCUCAAUUUGAGCCAGGAAAAACCCUGGUAUAUCUACAGUAUAUAUAUAUAUCUACAGUAUAUCUACAGUAUAUAUAUCUACAGUAUAUCUACAGUAUAUAUAUAUAUAUAUAUCUACAGUAUAUCUACAGUAUAUAUAUACAGUAAAUCUACAGUAUAUAUAUAUAUAUACAGUAUAUCUACAGUAUAUAUAUAUAUCUACAGUAUAUAUAUCUACAGUAUAUAUACAGUAAAUCUACAGUAUAUAUAUCUACAGUAUAUCUACAGUAUAUAUGUAUAUCUACAGUAUAUAUAUCUACAGUAUAUAUACAGUAAAUCUACAGUAUAUAUAUCUACAGUAUAUCUACAGUAUAUAUAUCUACAUUAUAUCUACAGUAUCUACAGUAUAUCUACAGUAAAUAUAUCUACAGUAUAUCUACAGUAUAUAUAUAUCUACAGUAUAUCUACAGUAUAUAUAUCUACAGUAUAUAUAUAUAUAUAUAUAUCUACAGUAUAUCUACAGUAUAUAUAUAUAUAUAUAUAUAUAUCUACAGUAUAUCUACAGUAUAUAUAUACAGUAAAUCUACAGUAUAUAUAUAUAUACAGUAUAUCUACAGUAUAUAUAUAUAUCUACAGUAUAUAUAUCUACAGUAUAUCUACAGUAUAUCUACAGUAUAUAUAUCUACAGUAUAUCUUCAGUAUAUCUACAGUAUAUCUACAGUAUAUAUGUAUUUUGUAGAACUUCAUAAAAAGUUUAAAAACCGGCAGAUUAAUCUGUAAUCAGAUUUUUUUCCCCCUUAAUAAUCGGUAUCGGCCCGAAAAAAUCCAUAUCCGUUGGGCCCUAAUCUGUACAUCAUCAAACAUGUGGCUGAUGGUCUCGUUUGCUUUUGUUUAUCAUAAAAGGCAUCAACAUGAAUUUUAGUGAGAUUUUAAACUUUAAAUCAAUGAUCCUAAAACUUAUUUGUAACUUUACAAAUUUAAACCCCCCUAAAGUAACAAAGUAGGGCCCUGAAUUUGACGUUCUUGUUCUGUGAAUAACCUGCAGAUGCUGUUUGUUGUUUGUCCCAGAUUGAUCCACGACUUCCUUAGCAUGGCGCCGUUUGCAGACUACCUCGACAGCAUGUACUACAACAGGUUCCUCCAGUGGAAGUGGCUGGAGAGGUAAAGUGAACCCUCCUUUCUCGUCUUAACUUCCUGCAGCCGCCUUCUUCCUCUUGCAGAGCACUCAGAGCUCAUUUAGACUCCACAUCAGCUUUAAAAUCUUCCUUAGUGCCCGUCAGGACACGCUCAGAGUUGCCUCACUCCCUUCUCUCCUGGUGUCCUCAUGUCCUCGGGUUAGUGGGAGCUAAACUACGCAAUCCCUGAACUUCUGUGUGAUAUCAGUGUUACAUAUGUCAUCAUUAUUUUUUGAUAUUGCACAAUGGGAAAGUUUGACGCUGAGAUGACUCUCAGAACAGGUUUUUGUUUUGCAGCCUGAAAAGUUAGACGGGAGUGAUUCUGACUGAAUUCAUCGUCGCAGGAGGAAUAAAUCUCACCUCACAGGAAAGGAGUGUUUGGAGAUUUUUCAGGUUUAUUUACAGACAGAGACAGUUCUGGUGGGUCUGCGUCUUGUCACAGAUCUCUGACAGCCCCCAGACUUGGCUGUAAAAACCUUAGAGCCUAUGUAAACACGCCGUCUAUCCCAUCCUUCACACUCUCGCUCUCUACAAAACAGCUGAUCCAGCCCAUGUUUUGUGACGUGAAUGCAAAUACAAAUCUGUGAGGUGAGAAAAGCAAGAUAAACUUCUUCCCUGGAAGGCACCUGCGUGGUUUUGUUAGCUUAAGAAGAUAAAGAAACACACUGAAUGAUGGGAAAACACACCUGCUUUACCACCUUUAACUUCCUCUCUCUCAUUCUAAGAAAAAGUCGACCAUUUUAGAUCAUCGUUGAGCAUAAAAAAUGGUCGUUUUGGGAGUUUUUCCAACCAUGUAAAACUUUUCACACUCACGCAGAGAUAAUAAGCGCUCAAACUUUUUCAAAAUAAGUUUCUUUUUGUGUCCAACAGGCAACCGGUGACGAAAAAUACGUUCCGGCAGUACAGAGUUUUAGGAAAAGGAGGCUUUGGAGAGGUGAGUGCUUCAUUUCCCAUCAACAGAACAAAGAGACGAUCUGAGAGGGAAGAAAAUCAACUUAGAAGAUUAAAAGGAUAUUUCAGUCUGCCAACAUCAGACUUUCUAGGUUUAUACUUAUGGGAAUUUGUAAAAAUCAAUUAAGAUUUCAACAACAAGAAAAACCACAACAAAGUAUUACAGGAGAUAAAAGUCAGUAUCUUAAAAAAUGACUGUGAAGUUGUUAUAGUUUACGAAUAAGGUUGUAUAUUUAUAAGAACAUAUUCAUGAUUGUAGGCUGUCAAGAGCAUCAUGGAUAUACUGAGGGAUACGGAGCAUCUUAUGAAGUAAAACUGUGAACUUAAUUUCUCAGUGUAACAACACCACAGUGUCAUCAGACUCAGGAUUGUGAAUGCGUUGUGCAAGAAACUGAGUUCGUUAUGACAACAGGCAGCCUGUCCUCACUUCUGCAAUCGCUGUUUGACCUCAGCUGUGGAGUUGAACCUCACAGAUGAUCCUUGUUUUAAUACUAACAACUGGCUCCUUCUCUCAUAUCCACCUUUAUGUUACUUUAGCCUGUAAAGAGAUUAAAUACAGCCUUUAAUUAGUCCUUGUAAUACUACAACUUUAUUUUCUUACGACUUCAUCCUGAUAUUCCUUCUUGAUUUUCUUGUUUUAUUUAUGACUUUUUUUUACAUACAAAAAAUUAGUUUUCACUUCUUAUGAUAACUUAACUUUUAACCCUACAUUUUCCCCUCCUGUGGCCCUAUCCUCUGUCUCUGUCCAUGGGCGCCCUUAAACCUCGAGGUCAACAGCUCCCUCAAUGCCGUGUUGAAUUCUGAUAACUCUGAACAGAUCGUUUCAUCUUCAUCACCUCCUCACAGUUUUCUGUUUUCCCUGCAGGUGUGCGCGUGUCAGGUACGAGCCACAGGGAAGAUGUACGCUUGUAAGAAACUGGAGAAGAAGAGGAUAAAGAAGAGGAAAGGCGAGUCCAUGGCGCUGAAUGAGAAACAGAUCCUGGAGAAAGUCAACAGCAGAUUUGUCGUAAGAAUUCCACCCAGAAGAAUUUAUUUUCACUUUUCUUUGUGAAGUAUAAAGCGGCUGACCCUCCCGUGUCUGCAGGUCAGCUUAGCGUACGCUUAUGAGACGAAGGAUGCUCUGUGUCUGGUGUUGACGCUGAUGAACGGAGGAGACCUGAAGUUUCACAUCUAUCACAUGGGAGAGGCGGGUUUCAACGAGACCAGAGCCGUGUUUUACUCUGCAGAGAUCUGCUGCGGGCUGGAAGACCUGCACCGAGAACGCAUCGUCUACAGGUCAGAAACUUCAAAGAAAACUUUGUAUUGUGUUUUUUUUUAAAUUUUAUUUUUAAUUUAUCAAAUUGACUUUUUAAUGUCUUCUUCUGCCUCACAGGGACCUGAAACCUGAAAACAUCCUGCUGGAUGACCACGGUGAGCAGAGCUUUGUGUUUGACAGCUUUCUCUGCCAGUAGUUUCUGUUUUCAACCACCAGAGGGCGCUCCAACUCUGACUUUGACACUACAGUACGACAGAGAAUAGAAAUAAACUUGAACAUUGGAAUGAAUUGCUUCAUUUAAAGAAAGAUAUGUGAGACAGCAUAACUUGAGCAUGAUCUAACAGACAUUCAUGUAUAUUUACUCAGCUUUGUUUAAACCUGGACCCAUUUCUCCAUAUUUAUGAAAAGCAGAAUAACCCUUUAAACUUCCUAUUCAAAGAUUUCUUAAAUUUGUCUUUUUUUGUCUCCAGGCCACAUCAGGAUAUCAGAUCUGGGUUUAGCGGUUCAUGUUCCAGAGGGACAGACUAUCAAGGGACGGGUGGGAACUGUGGGAUACAUGGGUAAGUGACCUCUGACCCCUCUGUGUACUUUUACUGGGAAAAUCCAGAUACUUUUACUUCUUUCUGAGGAACUGGGAUAUGUCUGUGGUGACAUCAUUUGGGAAUUCCUGAUGGUAGUUUGAUUGUUUGAUUCUACUGCUGAUGCCGCUUUCAUUUCAUCGUCUUUCGUUUUCGCAGCUCCAGAGGUGGUACAGAACGAGCGGUACACAUUCAGCCCAGAUUGGUGGGCUCUGGGCUGCCUGCUGUACGAGAUGAUCGAGGGUCAGUCGCCUUUCCAGCAGAGGAAGAAGAAGAUCAAGAGGGAGGAGGUGGAGCGGCUGGUGAAGGAAGUGCAGGAGGAAUAUUCCAGCAAGUUCUCUGAGGACGCCAAGUCUAUCUGUAAAAUGGUGAGUGGAUGAUUAAGACGCUGGACCUGAAGUCCUUCUGACCUGCUGAUUCUCAAGACUGAGCUUGUUGUUUCUGUUUUCUCACUCUGCAGCUUUUGGCCAAAGACCCCUCUGAGCGUCUGGGCUGCCUGGGUGAAGGAGCCUCAGAGGUCAAAGCUCAUCCCAUCUUCAAAUGCAUCAACUUCAAACGACUGGAGGCAGGCAUGCUGCAGGCGCCUUUCAUUCCUGAUGUAAUUGAAUCUCAUGCAUCGCACCCUUCAUGAAAGUCAUCUGAAACUUUAAAACUUGUAGUUUGACUAAAGAGCGAGGAAACGUCACUUUAGAGAACUGUGACGCAGGGAAUGAGUCAGCACAGGGCGAUUAACUCCAAGAGUACAGAUGUUUCCAAACUGCAGGAACUUUGUCACAGCUCUAAGAACUGUCGUCAGGCUUCCCCCUUUAUUCUGCAAAAACUAUGAACAGUUUUAGUUCCUAGAAACCCACUUCAGAGGAACCUUUAGGCCUCUACUCCAGAGUAGGUACUCUCCCAGCACAAGAGGGACUUUGAGUGACAUGGUGAUCGGUUCAUAAGUCAGUUAAUGUUGAAUGGUUGAAAACAAAAGCUGGUUCAGUUCCACAAAAUGUUGUCUCUGUAAACUCAGAAACAGUCGGUAAAGCUCCUAGAUUUGUUAGAAAGGACCACAAUGGACCAAGAAUGGAGUCCAGGCUUUGCUAAUACAGGGCUUGGUAUCCAUCACACAGUAAAGUAGACCCUCUCCUCUCAGACUCUGCCCUCCUCCUACAAACAGCCUCUGUGUCCAAGCAUCCAUAAAGAUAGAUAUACUCAUGUACUCAUUUGUGUGUUUCAGCCUCAGGCGAUCUACUGUAAAGACGUUUUGGACAUCGAGCAGUUCUCCACCGUUAAAGGAGUGGAGCUGGAGCCAAAAGACGAGUCUUUCUACAGCAAAGUGUCCACAGGCAGCGUCUCCAUCCCCUGGCAGAACGAGGUGACGUGAACAAACACAUUUCCUCUCUGUGUUUAUGUGCAGAGUUGAGAGGUUAAAUGUUCGCUCUUUUCUCCUGCAGAUGAUUGAGACGGAGUGUUUUGCAGAGUUGAAUGUUUUCCAUCCGGACGGGACGGUUCCUCCUGACCUGGACUGGAGAGGACAGCCAUCUCCUCCGCCCAAACAGGGACUCCUGCAGCGGCUUUUUGGACGACAGGUCAGUGAACACACCGUAUGAAACAUUGCUGCAGUAAACGUGUACGUUAAAAGGAGAGCUGUUGUUGUUGCCUGAUCACCUGCUGUGCGGACUUGUGCUCCUCUGUCAUUAAGUGUUUGAGCGCAGCGGUGAGCUCUGGCUGCAGAACAUCAACCUGACUCUUAAGAAACACACAUGACUCAUUAUUGUUCCCCUGUGUUCUACAUGUGCUGGUAAAUAAAGGAAUCUAAAACUAUGACGAGUCCAAACAUGAAACUGGAAAACAAGGAAACCCUCCAAAUGUAAGACCUGUCGUGACUGAGUGAACUUUUUGAGGCCCUUAAUGUUAACACUUAGAACUCCGCUGGAUCGCCAGUGAUCCCACGUGACACCAUUAAUAUUGUUUACAGUAUCUCUAUGGGAUGAAAAGUGGUCAAAAGUUUACUCUUUUGGCGAUCUAUCGAGGGUUUCCAGGCAACUCUACACCUGCCACAAGGUUUACAAUCCAGCCACAAAAAUAGGUGUUUGAUCAGAGACGUUUGAUGGUAAAUCCGCAGUGAUAUACCGGUGAAAACACGAUUAUUUAUCAUCUUGUUUUGAUAAAAAAAUGAUUGCUAUCGCUAAAUGCCGCUAAUGUAUUCUGGAUUUGACAAGUUGUUUUGAUGACGUCUUUUUCUGUCAGACUUUUGACCAAUUACAUGGUCUCAUAUUCUUCUUCUAUUGUUCUCCUUGACGGUAGUGUCCAAUAAGAGGCAACCAACGAUCAACAAAGACAAGAAAGUUCCCUGCUUGUCUGUAAAAUAAGAACUAAUGGUCAAUGCUUGGAAACAAUCAAAGAAGAGAUUCUGAGCAGUAUGAUGUGGUCCUCUGUCUCAUCCCAGACAGGAACUUCAAGGAGUGGCAUAAAUAACUGUAAAUAGCAAAAAACACCUGGAAGAAUGAGUGUAAAUAUGUCAAUAGUUUCUGUUGUGUGUUUGUUUCAAUACCAAUAUUUCUUCUCCUGAUAGCCAAGACUUGAGAGAAUGAUGUUCAGGUGAGAAAAGGCUUGGUCGCUGUAGAUUUAUGUGUUUUUUGUGCAGAGUACUGUUGGGAUCAAUUUCUAUUUUUGUUUUUUGGUUGAGUUUGAUGGUUCUGAAUCUACUGUCACUUUAAUUUUACAUAGUUUUUGCACCCAUCAACUGAUAGCUGAGGUUGUCCUGAAAGAAAGAUGUAUAUAUUUGUUGUGCUUGAAAGGAUAAAGUUAUUACAUAGAUUUUUACAUUAAAAAAAAAAUAAAAAAAGGCAGACCAAAAGCAGCAAAACGUAGCCGGGAGUUCUAAGGGUGAAGGACUUUUAACGAGGCCCACUGUCCUGCAUGUUUUGGAUGUUUCCCUGCUCCAACACACCUGAUUUAAAUGAUCAGCUCGUUAUCAAGCUCUGGGCUCAAUAACGAGCUGAUCAUUUGAAUCAGGUGUGUUGGAGCAGGGAAACAUCCAAAACAUGCAGGACGGUGGGCCUGGAGGACUGGACUUGAGAACCACUGACCUAAACCACUUUGGUGUUACAGUGAGGCCCGGUGGGGUGCAAAAACAAUCUUCAGAGAGAACAGAUAACUCAUGGAUAAACAUUUACAGGAAUGAACUUUGACCCCUGUUUAGAUUACUGUAACCAUCCGGCCAUAUUUGCACUUUUGAUUCUGAAUCAAAUCUUUUGCUUCUGCUGGCACUGUAAUACCAUGAUGACCAUGUGCUCUGUCUCCCUCUGCAGGACUGCUGUGGUAACUGCAGCGACAGUGACGAGGAGCCCACCAGGCUGUGACGCACGUGCACACACACACAUACAUACAUACACACUCACACACACAGGAUCUUAUUUGUUUACAACUUUUGCACAUUUGUAUUUUUAAGAUAGUCCUAUCUCUAAAUGUCAGAAUGUAUAUUUUCAGCAUAGCCAUAAUAAUGUUUAAUGUUAUUUAAAAAGUGUGAAAUACAAAAAUGAGAAAAGCGGGAGCUCAAAGAAGACCAAUAGUUUUUUUUUUUUUUAACUUUUACAUCCAGGGAAGUUUUUUUUUUUUUUUCUCUCUUUCACAUUCCUCCUCUCACACUCGUCCGUGUUUCUGACGCCGAGCUGCCGCGGCUCCUCGGGGAACAAUUGCCUGCUGUAGAAGUGCCUUGCUGGAGGGCACCGUGGCAGUGGUUACUAAAGGGAGGACUGAGCAUCCCUCUUGUCUCUUUACUUUGUCCAGGGAAUUGAACCAGUGACUUUCAGCUCAUGAACUGUGACCACUUUCCCUCCUCCGCCCUCCAUCCUGCUGUGACAAACCUCAGCCUUUUUUUUUGUUUUUCUUUUAUUUAAGUCUUUUAAUAAAAGUGUGAUUUUUAUUUUGGCUCGGAUUUUAUGGCUUUGGAUGACGUUUUCUGUGUCUGCAGAUAUUUUUAUAUCCACUGUGUUUUUAGUUUUCCAUGUAAAGUUUGGAUUUCUUCAGACAAUCAGCUCAUCAUGUCGGCCCAGCUUCAGUUACUCUCGUCAGUUUGGAAGAUUGAAGAUUAAAUUCACUGACAAAUAUGACCUUACAAGUUAUUUUUUUAUAUGUUUCUGCCUUUUUCUUAAUGAGGGAAAAUGUGAAGUAAACGGGUGUUGAUGCAAAUUAGAAACCCAUCCAUCCAUAAUGCAUGGUCCCAUUUACUGCCGAGCUGCCAACGUGUUUAUUGACUCAAAAUUAUUCAUACAACUUAAAAAUUAGUCUCUCUUUGUUCACAAUCUGCAACACACAGAAGAAUAUGAUUAAGAUGAGAGAAAAUGCUCUUUUUUUCAUGAUGCACUUCAAUAUUAAGUCGACAUGUUGAGAUUUGAAAAGUUGAAAUUUGAUUUAAGAGCGAGUACAACACAAGCAAAGAUUUAGACUAAAGGAAACAACAUUAGUGAUCCCCACAACAGGCCAACAGUUUUUUUACAAAGAGCGUCUCAGAAAUAGAAGGGGACUUUUCAGAUCGUUUGUUUCUUUCUUCCACCGGAGACAACAGAAGAGAGGAGUCUGGCUGAACCUUCACAUAGUCGGAGAACAACGGAACGACCGUUUCCUGUUUUGACCCGGUGACUCAAAGUUCGACCAUGAUGAAACAAGCACUCCUGAGCUGUCACAAGAUUCUGUAAUGAUUGAGGGACUGGGAUAUAAAUGCUUUUCAGUGGUAAGACCCAAUAAUGUAGUUUUAGAUGUUUUUUUUGUAUUUAUUUUGCAGCCCCUGUUCCAUAAAUAAAGACAGAAAUGACAGAGUUUAAAAUACUACAACCAUAAAGACACGCACUUGGAUCAGAGCGCGUUAUAAACUGUAGGAUGUGAAGGAUGAUGUGUUGUUGAUGAAUCCUUCUUGACUGUAUCAUGUGCUGUGUUGUUAUAGUCUAUCAUAGCUUUUUUGACGUGCUAAUGAGUGGGUCUGUCAAUCAUUAUAGUUAGACUUUGUUUUAAUGGGUGUAGUAGGCUACUGAGUUACAGUAAACAGACAUCCACCGUAGAAGCACCACUGACCAUCUUUUUAGACUCUGGUCUGUUGAACAAAGCGAUCAACUCAGCACUACAGCAGCGUAUUGAAAACAUGAUGCAUCAUGAUAGUUAUGACCCAGAAACGGGAAAAGUACGUCUCCCUUUAGCGACAGAUGAUAUUUUUUCUCCAAACUGAAUUACAGCCUUUCUUAAAAAACAGAUUUUGACCUUUUCUCCAAAUUGCAUCUUAACCUUUUAACCUCAAAAUUGAAUCUCAACUUUUUUUUUUUGUCUGAAAAAUGUGACAUUUCUCACAAAGUGCAUUAUGAAAAAAAAAAAUCAGUUCUUGGCUCUUGAACUUUCUCACAGAAAAACUUUCAAGGCGAAGAUUUCUGCAAGUCUUCCUGAGCAUGAAACUAAAUAAUCCAAGGUAAUAUGUUAGCCUUCUUAUUUCUUCUGUUACACGGAUUACAGGACAGGAUGUUGGUCCAACAGAGAUGGUUGUUGUACAGAAGCUCCUGAAGCUGCUUUCACAUCUGUAUUUAAUUACUGACAUCAACUCCUGACUCCCAAAGAAGACAAAAAUAUUUGCCACAGUAUCAACAGGCAGAAGACAAAUGCGCCAGACUACAGCAUGUUUAUAUUUUAGGAUGAGUAAUCAGCCUUUAAUUUAACAUCCAUAAAUGUCUUGCUGAAGGACACAAAGAACUGGGACUUGAAAUCAACAACAAUACAACUUUAUUCAGCAACUUUUUUACUGUAUGUAUCCAGAAGUGUUUUGGACAUCUGAUUUUGAUGAAUUUCUGAUCCUAAGAAUAAGUUACAAACACUCAAAAGUAUUUUCAAAUAUAAUUUGGUUUGUUAAAGUUUGUUCAUGGAUCUCUCAGAGUUUCUCAAGUCUUUAUUUGCUUCUGGUUUUAGUUUGCUGCAUCCCCUGGGCGCUAAAGAACAAAGUCAUGUUGGAGAGGAGACAAGAGUAACUGAAGUUUUUGGUCGAGUCUUUUGUCAAUCAUUGAAAUGGCUCAGCUGGUUCUGUUGCUGUCUAUGGCUUCAUGACAGAAAAAAAAAUCGCCUCAGACUUUGAGCUUCUAAAAUAAAACACCUCCAAAUCCACGAGUGGAGUCGUUUUAUUCCACCGUUAUUUGAGGAGAUAUUCAGAUAUUCGUGAUACCAGAUACGCUGAUACUUUCAAACUGUCAUACUGAUACAUCCUCACCUACUCUUUGUAUGCAUCACUUUGUUAAAUUCAUAAUUUAAUAUGCUACUUAAGUAUUAUUAUAUUGGUAGAAACGUUAAUAUCUGCUGAUACUGAUAUCAUGCCGGUAAUGUUGUGCAUCCCUACUUUUUAGUCAAGUGCCAAACAGGUAAAAUCAGCUGUAAUACAAACCAUGCAGAAUAAGUGACUGAUUUUAUUGCAGGACUUUUUACCUGAUGUAGGCUGCGACUAGAAGUCUGCAGGUUUGGGAUUAUUGAAAACCAGAUGGACUGCUGCAGGUUUGACUGUGCACAUUGGGAGGCCAGACCAAGCAACCCUUGAGAACCACUGUACAGUCUGAAAACAACAGGAUGACUGUUGUGCUGUUAUCGGUUCCUGUCACACAAACUGAGGACACAAGUUUG